AUGCCAUCCAAUCGUAGUGGUAGCAUUUACGAAAGAUCUUCUUCUUUUACAUCCAGCUUUGCAUUGAUUGCAUUCACUUCCACACUUACACUUUUCCUUGCACAUUUGGCAGCCAGACAACCACAGCCUAUUUUGCAACAACCACCUUUUCAACAACCACAACCAUCUCCUCCCGUUCAUCCUGUACAACCUGCUCAACCAUCUCCUCCCGUUCAUCCUGUACAACCUGCUCAACCACCUCCUUCUGAACCUUUGCCUCCUCCAUCAGCACCUCCGCUAGCGCCACCAGCUCCUGCUCCCAUUGCACCCCCUUUGAGUCACUCUGUUCCUCCUUUACAGCAGCCUACUUUGAUCUGGCUGGGUAACAACGGCAGCGGGAUCUUGUAUGCACUGCUUGUAUUGGUUCUGCUGUUUGGCUUGAGUGGUGUUUGGAUAGAACGUAUUGCUCCUUCUCCCACACACAGUGGCUACCAAAUUUCAGAAGCAGAGGCUGAAGUAGAGGAUCAUAAAAGCAAGAAAAAGAUGCAACCAUCCACUUCACGAUUGGAUCCGUCCAGUGAAGAAGAUUCGGAAGAAGCAAGGAUUCCUGGCAGAUGGAUGAACAGGAUGGAAGCCAAAAUAGACCGAAUGCAAAGAAAGGUAAACAAAGAACGUAAACAGCGAAAAUCAAGAAAAGAUGAUGAUUCGGAUUCAUCAUCCUCUUCAACUUCUUCGUCAUCAUACGAACGCACAAGGCGCAAAACGUAUCGUUAUCGUCGAUCUUCUAGUACACGAUACGAUGAUCGUAGCUGCAUCGAUCAUGGUGUUCGACUACACAAAAGACGUGAUUCAUAUUGUUGUGAGCAUUGUGGAACCAUUGUUGCUGUUUGUGCUGGCUCAGGUGCAACGCUUGAUGCUCCACCACCGCCGAUUCCUGUCAUGGCUUCUAAUGUUCCUCCAGAUACGGAUGAAAUCACGAAGAUCAAAAUUGAAUCUACUUCUACAAUCAGCAAGGAAGAGAUCGAAAAAGCGGUCAAUCUAGAAGUGGAACGUCGAUUGCGCGAAUACGAGAAGCGUCUUGAAGAGGAAAUUUCAAAAAGAUUGAAAAGGGAGCAGGAAGAUGCCAAGAAGGAAGAGAAAAAAGAGGAAAAGAAGGAAGAUAAGAAGAAUAACAAGAAGAACGAAAAGAAAAGUGACGAGACAAAUGACAAAUGGAACGAAGCAUGGGAGAACGAUGGUUGGGAGAAGACAGAAGAAAAAGUCACAACAAAGACGGAAACAAAAAUUGAGAAAAAGGACCAAGCAUCUAGCUCGUCGACUUCUGCUACAACCUCAAAGAGCGAGGAUGAUAAUCCAACUUCUGAUCAGCCUAGCGAAGAAAGUCAGAAAGUAGAGAAGGAAAAAGUCGAAAUCAAAGUCACAGUGAAGGAGAAAGAGAAGGAAAAGGGGAAAGGAAAAGAGAAAGAGAAGGACAAAAGCAAUGAACCUCAAACCCUUCCUGGAAUCCUGAAGAAGACGCCGAGCCUGGAAUCUAAUAAUGACAACGACGACGAUGAAAAGAGUGGUAGGAUUUCUCAAAAGAUGCACGGGUUUCGUGAAGACAUCCGUGAUUGGGUGGGUGAUCUCAAAACUGACGCAAAAGAAGCAGUGCAAGAUGUUGGCGAAUUUGCAGAAGAAAUCAAAGAUGAAGCUAAGGAGAAGGCUCAAGAUGUGAAAGGCAAGGCGAAAGAAAUUGUACAUAGUGUCACUCACCUCGGGUCUGACUCGAAAGAUGAUACGGACAAAGACCAGAAAGAAGCAGAUUCAAGCGGAAGCACAAACCAGGCUGCACAGCUGCAAGAUUCCGUAAAAGAGCGAAUUGUUAGCAAAGUUACACAUAAGGAUGAAAUCGAGCUUCAAAAGAGCUCAAAGAAUGUCAAAUUCGCAGACCCCAUUCAUACUGAACAAGAAAUUCCAGCAAUCACGGACGAAACUUCAGACAAAGGCAAAGGAAAAGCCAGAGAAGAGGAUGAUGAAGAUCGACCUAGCUCUUCCUCUUUUGCAGAAGCGCCAAUCCCGAUGCCGGAUAUCGUAUCUCCCUAUGAAAUUGAUGAGGAUCGUUUCAUCGGUGUCAAAAGUAGUGUAUCUUCCACUUCAAGCAGUAGCGGAAGUUCAUCAGGGAGCGGAGGAAAGGAUGAUAGUUCUAAAGUGAAAGAAAAGACUCGGAUCUCAAUUAGUACAGAUGAACAAGGCAAGAAAGUCAUCUCGACUGAAAAGGUCUCUACCACACAAGAUACUGAAGAUGACGAUGAGAAGGAAUCUCAGGCCUCAGAAACAUACAGAGAAUCAGAAUUUACCGAAACUAUUUUUGGAAUCGUGGACAAAAUUGUAGAUGGAUUUUCGGGAAAGAAGUCAAAAAGCAAGUCCAAAAAAGUUGAAAAAGAUGAUGCAGAGGUCAAGAUAGAUGUGAGCGUGACCAAAGAGACAACUCCAAAGGUGGAAGAUGAAAAGGAUGCGAAGGACGCAAAUGAUGACAAGAAAGGUAAAGACGUGGUAGAGGAAAGCUCGGAAAGCACGGUCAAAGAAAAGACAAAGACAAAAACAUCAGAAGAAGUCAAAGAAACCACUUCCGAAGAGAAGGGCAAGGCGAAGGAAGAAGUGGUGAUCGUUGAGAAAGCCGAUGUAGGUCAGCCUGCCUUUACUGCUGAAGAGCUUUAUCUUGAAACUGCAAAAUACUUGUCUGAAAAGUAUCCUGAAUUGGUUGCCAAGGAGACUGUGCGUGUCAAUUCAUCCUUGGAUCAGACAUAUGAAGAAGGGAAAGCCAGUAUCAAAGAAGAGAAGACAACAUCUGAUGCUAAUGACCAGGCACAUCAAGACGGUGAUGAACCUGCACAAGCUGAGACAGCUGCUAUUCCUUCCCAAGAAGCUACAACAUCAACAACAAACCUCGAAGAGAUCACUACCAAAGCGCAAGAUGGGUCAGAUGCCGGUGACACAAAGUCCAAUAGUGGAGAAGAGGCAAUGUUGAGGGCUUUGGGUACAAUCAGACAAUAUGGCAGCGGGACUUCGUACAGCAAUCUUGAAUCAAAAUAUUACGAAUCAUACUUUCGACAAAAGGUGGAACGAAGUGCAGAUGAUGUUUUGCUUUCGCUGAUCAACUCCCUUCUGUAUCAGCCACAACAAUCUAGCGACAAGUCAAUCAAAUUCGCUGCCUCAGCUUUGCAGGGUUCUUCAAAGAUCAAGGAGAAGAUGAAAUUCGUGAAGACAACGGAAAAAGAGGAAACUCAAGAAGUCCAAGAUGAAGAUAAUGAAGCGGAGGAAAAACAAGUUUCAAGCUCAUCAAACUUUCCUGAAAAGAUUUCUGCUGAUGCUAUCAAGGCUGCAAGUAUUGCCGCUGCAGAUCAAAUUCGACGACAUCAAGCUCAAUUGCGUCCACAAGAUGAAUCUUUCUUUAAAUUUUUGAAGAAAGACACAGCCAGAAGUUUUGACGAUAUGAAAGAUGGAAUGAAGGAUGCAUCGUCAAAGCUUGGAAAAUUUACAGGGACGUUGAAGCGCAAAGUAAGCAAAGGAAGUCUGAAGCGGAGCCCUUCUCCCAGUGCUGAGAGACGCAGUGCUUCCAUUGAUGCACCGGAGAGAUUUGAUGCUAGUCAAGUGACGAACUUCAAAGGUCAAGAAAGCAAAAGCAAAGAAAAAGAAAAGAAGAAGAACAGCAAACCAACUCCUUACGGAAUUCCUUUGAAGAAAGAUUCUUCUGGUCCUCCUCCAACACCGUACGGAUUGCAACUGAACAAACCACCAGUCAAGAAACCAUUAGUGCAAUUUGAUCGAAAGGUGAAUGUUUUGGAGUUUCACGAUCCUUCCACGAGUAGUUCAAGUGGCUCAAGCUCAAGUACAGAUACAAAGCAGCAAACUUCCAACAAAAGUGAAGCAAAAGAGAUUUUUGAAAAAGCGAAAGAAGUGGAAGAUGUUUAUGCUAGGAUCACAAAGUUGACCCGAAGACUCAGCGAGAAAUGA